AUGAAAAAAUCACCACCUAUUGUGUUCAUUGCCAGACAUGGCGCCCGCCUCGAUGCUGCAGACAAAGAUUGGCACCUAACCUCUCCAACCCCCUUCGACCCACCUCUUUCCUACGGUGGAUGGAUGCAGGCUCGGGCACUUGGUGUACGUAUAGGAAGUCUCCUAAAGUCCCGACAAUUCACCGGGGAAGAUCCAGAGAGUCAGCACAGCCAUCAUCCCACCUCGGAUAAACAGGCAGAACCCACCCCCGCAUCCUCGGACCUGUCCCACCGUCGAUAUAACGUCAUUGUCCAUACAUCCCCUUAUCUUCGAUGCCUGCAAACUGCAAUAGGCGUUAGUGCUGGUAUCAACCAAGAAACCUCGGCCACAGAAGCAUCCGAUGCUAGUUCCGCUCCCACUGUCCCCGCAGCUUCAUCACAGCCUGACCAGCGAUGCCUGCUUCGCGUCGACGCAUUUCUGGGCGAAUGGCUAUCACCUGACUACUUCGAUGAGAUCACACCACCGCCGGGCUCGGAUAGAAUGGUGGCGUCUGCCAAAGGGGAAUUACUCCGUCGUGCCGAGGUCAUCCCACCCACCGAUGGUUUGACAAGGGCGUUAUCAGGCCACUUCCCUGGUGGUUGGCGCAGCCAGUCAAAUCCUACUUCACCAAUUGAUGAAGACCGCGGUUUGCAUUCUGCGUCAUCCCAGCGCCAGCGUGCCAGCACCCACGACACUCUCCAGAACCCUAUCCAAUCUAAACAUGCAAAGAAAACUCUCGGUCGACUGGAAACAAACCUGCCGCCUACUCUAGAUGCAUAUUACGUACCACCAACUCCCGGAUAUGCCGUUUCCAGCUCGGAUCCCAUUCCGAUAGGUUAUGUUGCUCAUGCACGGAAUGCAUGUACGAGGAUCGACUACCAGUGGGACAGUAUGCGCACGCCUUAUUGGGGCACAGGGGGGGAAUUCGGCGAGGAAUGGAGUACCAUGCAUGAACGGGUGCAUGAUGGAUUUCAGCACAUGAUUAACUGGUACCGGGAGCAGGAUCUAUCUGAAGACGGCCCUAAAGCGGAUUUGAACGGUGAGGCAAAUGGUAGUGCACAAACGGUCCUCGUUAUUAUCACACAUGGCGCGGAUUGCAAUGCUUUGAUCAGUUCGUUGAAUGGGCACUCUGUCUUACUGGAUAUUAACACAGCUUCACUCACUAUGGCUGUGCGACGCAACCGUGUCAAUAAACCCACACAUGACAGGGAUCACACGCCUAAAUUUCCGGGCCCAGAGAACCAAUCGGUGUCACGGGAAUACUCCUUGCAGCUUGUGGCGUCAACAGACCAUCUGCGCCCGGGAACGAACCCCUCCCAGCUUACCUCGCUGUUAUCUCCCUCCGUUCCCCCUGUACUCUCACCACCCCCAGUCUCCCCCUAUCGGAAUCGUCUUGGCUCUCGCCCAUCGGUCUUCCAAGAAACAUUCCCAAACUGGCCACCUAUUAGUAGCUCUCAGGCAUGGACACUGGCGAUGCGCCCAUCAACUAGUUCAACUACUUCCCGUGUUGUCCCUGGACUAUGGAACUCGAUCUCCUCGCCCACUGAUAAUCCGGAUUCAGAGGACAACUCUGUGCCGAAUUUCGGUGAUCGACCGGCAUCAAGGCAUCAAUCUGGAACGCCGCGGCUUCCUUGGUUCCCCUCAUGUUUAUCUCUCCACUUCGCCACUCUCUUGCCCCUCGUUCUCCUCUUCCCCUCUUCCUUCUUCCACUUAGAUCUUUAUAUCAAAGUUGAGACUCCCAUGUCAAACAUAGAAACAGACGGUCUAUCCGUCACUUAUUCCUCUGAUCGAACUGGAUCUCCAGAUCUACGGCUGAUCCACUAUAAUGAUGUCUACCAUGUCGAAUCUGGCUCUGCGGAACCAGUCGGCGGCGUAUCUCGGUUCCAAUCCAUUGUGAAACACUACCGUUCUCACCCCCAGUUCGCCGGGCAGCCAGAUGUUUUAACCUUCUUCUCCGGCGAUGCUUUCAACCCGAGUAUCGAAAGUACAAUUACAAAGGGCAGGCAUAUGGUACCAUUUCUCAACACAGUGGGAACCGAUGUAGCGUGCGUGGGUAAUCAUGACCUCGACUUUGGAGUAGCUCAAUUCCGCCAUUUGGCUAGUCAAUGUCAUUUCCCUUGGCUUUUAGGAAACGUCCUUGACCCCGCACUAGGAGAGGAUACUCCAAUAGCUAACUGCGGUAAGACUCGCAUAUUGACCUCAUCCAAUGGGCUCAAAAUUGGUGUUUUGGGCCUAGGGGAAAGAGAAUGGCUCGGCACAAUAAACUCUCUUCCCCCUAAUCUGAUCUACAAAUCCGCAUCUGAAACGGCUCGGGUGCUUGCGAAACAGCUCCGAGAUGAGGGAGCAGACCUCGUCGUAGCCGUCACCCACCAACGUGAACCGAAUGACUACAAACUGGCUAACAACCUGUCACCCGAUCUUGUGGACAUCAUUCUUGGAGGCCAUGAUCACUAUUAUGCCCAUGCCGUUGUUAAUGGAAUUCACGUGAUGCGAUCAGGCACUGACUUCAAACAGUUGAGCUACAUCGAGGCUUUCCGCAAACCCGGUGGUUUGCCUGGUUGGGACUUCAACAUUAUGCGACGCGAUAUUGUUCGCUCAAUUCCCGAAGAUCCGGAUACAGUGGCAUUGGUGGCCCGGCUUACUUCCAGCCUCAACGCCAAAUUAGAAAAGCCAGUCGGAUUUACAGUCACCCCCCUCGAUGGCCGGUUCUCUACCGUGCGGCAGCGUGAAUCUAAUUUGGGCAAUUUUGUCUGCGAUCUGAUGCGCUUCUACUAUUCGGCUGAUUGUGCCAUGAUGGCGGGCGGAACAAUUCGUGGCGAUCAAAUUUAUUCGCCAGGCAUACUGAAGCUGAAAGAUUUGCUGAACUGCUUCCCUUUCGAAGACCCCGUGGUAUUGGUGCGGGUUCGUGGCCAUGCAUUGCUGGCGGCACUUGAGAAUGGCGUUAGCACGCUCCCUGCUCUUGAGGGCCGGUUUUCGCAAGUAUCUAAUAUCAAGUACGGGUUUAAGCUAGACGCACCGCCGGGCUCGCGCAUUACAUUCGCUCGUGUUGGCGGGGAGCCUAUUGACUUAGAACGUGAGUAUCUUCUCGCAACACGCGGUUAUAUGGCACGAGGGAAAGAUGGGUUCUCGUCAUUGCUUAUCCAGGCCGAAGGGGGCGAUGUUGAAGAGGUAGUGUCUGAGGAAAAUGGUGUGCUCAUCAGUACAAUUCUGCGACAAUAUUUCCUAAGUCUCAAAGUACUCGGGAAAUGGAAUCGCUGGAGUGCCAGCUUAGGCCGACACUGGAGUACUGUACAUCGCAAUCUGCACGGUAAAGGAUGGCUGAAGCCAGCGUCUUCCAAAGACGAGACUAAGGCAGGCGAAAGGCUGAACAUCAAGCCUCCUCUGCGACGGACAGGUCGCGCAGCAUACUACUAUGGUCGAUUUCCCGAAGAAGCCCAAAAGUCUGCGGACGCUAUCGCCGAGAGCGAGAUGAAUGGCAAUGCCAUGGACUCCGACUCGGAUGACGACCCAGACAUCCUCACAUCCUCGCGACCAAUCACAAAUUACGUUACUCAGCCAGCGAAAUCAUCCGCUGAAGAGGAGUAUCGGCUACAAAUUGCACGGAAGGUUGUCCGAAAGUGGAUGCGGCACGCAGGUUUGCAGUGCAGAACUUUGAAUACUAUGGACGGCGAAGGGGAAUUCACACCGGCCUGGACUUCGGGAAUCUCUCCUCGACUAGAAGGACGCAUUGUCAUAGAGUAG